GGAUGCUCUUCAACCUCAAGUACCUGGGUAUGACGCUGGUGGAACAGCCCAAGGGCGAGGAGCUGUCAGCCGCCGCCGUCAAGAGGAUUGUGGCUACGGCUAAGGCCAGCGGGAAGAAGCUGCAGAAGGUGACUCUCAAGGUGUCGCCACGGGGAAUUAUCCUGACCGACAACCUCACCAAUCAGCUCAUUGAGAAUGUGUCCAUUUACAGGAUCUCAUACUGUACAGCAGACAAGAUGCACGACAAGGUGUUUGCAUACAUCGCCCAGAGCCAGCACAGUGAGAACCUUGAGUGCCAUGCCUUCCUCUGCAGCAAGCGGAAGAUGGCACAAGCUGUCACCCUCACCGUAGCCCAGGCCUUCAAAGUCGCCUUUGAGUUUUGGCAGGUGUCCAAGGAAGAGAAAGAGAAGAGGGAGAAAGCCAGCCAAGAGGGAGGAGACAUCCUGGGAUCAUGCUGCGACAGCACCCCCUCCCUGAAGAGCCUGGUCGCCACUGGGAACCUGCUGGACUUGGAAGAGACGGCCAAAGCCCCACUGUCUACGGUCAGUGCCAACACCACUAACACGGAUGAGGCACCACGGCCGCAAACCUUGAGCAGCAGCGGUGUUGUCUGGGAGCUGGAUGACGGCCUGGAUGAAGCAUUUUCCAGGCUUGCCCAAUCGCGGACGAACCCUCAAGUCCUGGACACUGGGCUGACAGCACAGGACAUCCAUUAUGCUCAGUGCCUCUCACCUAGUGACUGGGACAAGCCUGACAGCAGCGGCACCGAGCAGGAUGAUCUCUUCAGCUUCUGAGGGCCCAGGGCC